ACUCCCCGGCGCAGCCUAGUCCGAGCCUGGGGCCCGCCCCCGCCCGCCGCCUAUUGGCGGAGGCGCGGCGGGGGCCCGGCCCGAUUGGCCCGGGGGAGCGGAGGGUAGGCUGCGCGGGAGGCCGAGAGGGGGCAGCAGGCGAUGGCGGCGGUGGCGGCGGCGGCUCGGCUAGGCUGGUGGCUCGCCGCGCUCUGCUGGGGCAACGCCGCGGGGGAGGCGGCGCCAGGGCCGCGAGUGCUGGGCGUCUGCCUGGAGGAGGACGGCGCCGCGGCGACCGGGUGGGCGCGCGCAGCGGGGGGCCCGGACGCGCCCGCGGCGGCCACCUUCCGCCUGCGCCUCUGGGGCACGGGCUUCGCCAACAGCUCCUGGUCCUGGGUGGCCCCCGAGGGGGCGGGCUGCCCCGGAGGCGGGCGGGCCGCGGCGCCCGAGGAGGUCGCGGCCCCCGCGGGCGAGUGGCGCGCGUUGCUGCGCCUGCGCGUCGCGGCCGAGCGCCCGCACUGGGCGCUGCUGGCUGCGCGCGUGGAGCCCGCCGAGGAGGCGGCGCCGCCCUGGGCGCUGGGCCUGGGGGCGGCGGGGCUGCUGGCGCUGGCGGCGCUGGCGCGGGGCCUGCAGCUGAGCGCGCUGGCGCUGGCGCCCGCCGAGGUGCAGGUGCUGCGCGAGAACGGCUCGGAGGCGGAGCGCGCGGCGGCGCGGCGCCUGGAGCCCGGCCGGCGCUGGGCGGGCUGCGCCCUGAGCGCGCUGCUGCUGCUGGCUAGCCUGGCGCAGGCGGCGCUGGCCGUGCUGCUCUACCGCGCCGCGGGCCAGCGCGCCGUGCCCGCCGUGCUGGGCAGCGCGGGGCUCGCCUUCCUGGUGGGCGAGGUGGUGCCGGCCGCCGUGAGCGGGCGGUGGACGCUGGCGCUGGCGCCGCGCGCGCUGGCGCUCAGCCGCCUGGCGGUGCUGCUCACGCUGCCCGUGGCGCUGCCGGUGGGGCAGCUGCUGGAGCUGGCGGCGCGGCCGGGGCGGCUGCGCGAGCGGGUGCUGGAGCUGGCGCGCGGCGGCGGCGACCCCUACAGCGACCUCAGCAAGGGCGUGCUGCGCUGCCGCACCGUGGAGGACGUGCUCACGCCGCUGCAGGACUGCUUCAUGCUGGACGCCAGCGCCGUGCUGGACUUCGGCGUCCUCGCCAGCAUUAUGCAGAGCGGGCACACGCGCAUCCCGGUGUACGAGGACGAGCGCUCCAACAUCGUGGACAUGCUCUACCUCAAGGACCUGGCCUUCGUGGACCCCGAGGAUUGCACGCCCCUCAGCACCAUCACGCGCUUCUACAACCACCCGCUCCACUUCGUGUUCAACGACACCAAGCUGGACGCCGUCCUGGAGGAGUUCAAGCGAGGGAAGUCCCACCUGGCCAUCGUGCAGAAGGUGAACAAUGAGGGUGAGGGCGACCCCUUCUAUGAGGUACUGGGCCUGGUCACACUGGAGGACGUCAUUGAAGAGGUCAUCAAGUCGGAGAUCCUGGAUGAAUCUGAAGAUUACCGAGACAUGCCAGCGAGGAGGAAGCCUGCUGCCCUGAGCGCCCCUCCGAGGCGGAAGGAGGAGUUCUCCCUCUUCAAGGGGUCCGAGGACGACUGUAAAGUCAAGAUCUCCCCGCAGCUGCUCUUGGCCACCCAGCGCUUCCUCUCCCGAGAGGUGGACGUUUUCAGCCCGCUGCGGAUCUCGGAGAAGGUCCUGCUGCACCUGCUGAAGCACCCCAGCGUCAACCAGGAGGUGAGGUUCGACGCACACGACCGCCGGGCUGCCCACCACUACCUGUACCAGCGCAGCCGGCCCGUGGACUACUUCAUCCUCAUCCUGCAGGGCAGGGUUGAGGUGGAGAUCGGGAAAGAGGGCCUGAAGUUCGAGAACGGGGCCUUCACCUACUAUGGAGUGUCGGCCCUGACCGCGCCGUCCUCGGUUCACCAGUCCCCGACGGCCUCGCUCCAGUCCAUCCGCCAGGACUUGCCACCCGAGCCCGCUGACGCUGCCCGGCCGCCCGCCUACUGCCCUGACUACACUGUGCGGGCUCUCUCCGACCUGCAGCUCGUGAAGGUCACACGGCUCCAGUACCUCAAUGCACUCCUGGCGACCCGGGCCCAGAACUUGCCCCCGUCGCCCGAGAACGCGGAACUGCAGAUCCUCCCGGGCAGCCAGGCCCGGCUGCUGGGUGACAAGGCCGCAGCCACCACUGCCGCAGACCUUUCCCUCUUUGGCACAUUCGGGAACUGCAGUUGAUAAUGACUGUGGACUAGACUUUUUUGUUUUAAGAGAACACCUGAGGGUCCAACCACAGCAGACCUGGCCUCCCGUCCGAGGAGAGCCCUGGGCGGAACCCAGGGGUGUGAGCGCUGGCCGGCGGCUGCAGGCCCAGGCUGCGGAGAGAGGAGAGAACCGAGCAGCAGUUUCCUGCCAGCGCGUCCUGCUCCUCCAGGCCACGUUUUAGAUGGCCUUGGAGGUGUGGAUCCUGGGUGGUGGUCCUCAGUGUUAGGCACAUGUGCCCGGCGCCCCCAGCGGGCUCUGUCGCAGGAGCUGGGCUCAGCCUGGGCACUGCCCUCCUGGCCAGCUUGCAGAAGGGGCGGGGAGCAGUGUCCUGUGCGGCCCCGAGGCCUGCUGAGGGCACACGUGUGUGCGUGCAGGGCCUGUGCCCACACUCGGCCGUGCCCUGGGCUUGCUCAGCUUUUCACUUGCCACCCUUCUGCUGCUGGCAGCACUUUCUGUGGGAACCCCGCACACCAAUUUGGGCUGGGGGGAUUCAGGUUCGUCACCUUGACCGCAGUCAACUUUGGGUUUUUCCUGAACUGUCCUGUUUUGUAGCACAUGCCCCAGCCCCACUUUUGUGCCAAACCUUGGAAUGCGUGUUACCUUGCACCCUACCCCAGCCCUACUUCUUCCCAUGGAAGUUUCUCUUCUGACCCCAUCUGUGCACUCCGUGCCCCCCCAACCCCAAAAAACUGGCCCCAGGGGAUUGAAGCACCUGCUCCAUGCUGCCUGUCUUGCUCUGUCACCACUAACAGUAUUUGUUAUCCUGUGUGCUCUAAGGGGCCACACGAGGAGGGGGAGUUGUUCUGCCCCUGAUUGCCAGCGGGGAGAGGCUUCAGCCCUGCGGAGGGGCUGCGUGCGAGGCCGUGGGUUGGCUGAGCACGUAGGUGCUGGCGUGUAGGGAAGAGCCGAGAGGGCAGGAAGGGCUGGUGUGGCCCGGGGCGGGGGGGUGGGGGAGUGGGCACCACUUUUCUUGAAGGAAGGAAAGUGAAAUUGAGGUUUCUCUCAAAUCCAAAACAUGCCAAGCUCUCUGCUUCCUGUUCCUGCCUGUGAUUUUGAGAGAAGUAGGAAGCGGGAGGUAUUUUCCCUUUUCCCUCCUUUGUGAGCUUGAUAAAACUCCAGGAAUCAGAGUCUAGCUUGGGCAGCAGGGUGGGCCAGGAAACCUGGACAGGGAAAGUCAAAGAACAGCAGAAACUUGGCUUAGAAACGGGGUUUCAGGGGUUCUCACUAGAGCAAUCCUGGGCGGGAGGUAGGCACUUUAAAAUCUCUCCAGGGCAACCGUGGUUGCACUUGGGCAUCUCCUAGCAGACUUAGGUGCUGGUACCUGGUGCCAGCCUGCAGCCUCUAACAGGGCAGCAGAAGUUUUCACUAAGUACCUUUGGAUUCAUGGCAGAAUUUCAUAUUCUCUUCCCCCGGCUUUUUUUUUUUUUCUUUUUGGGUCACACCCGGCGAUGCACAGGGGUUACUUCUGGCUCAUGCACUCAGGAAUUACUCCUGUUGGUGCUCGGGGGACCAAAUGGGAUGCUGGGAAUCAAACCUGGGUUGGCUGCGUGCAGGGCAAACGCCCUACCCGCUGUGCUAUCGCUCCAGCCCCUCCCCCAGCUUCUAAUGUUAACGUAACCAUUGUAAUUUAUCAAAAUUUAAGAAGUUAACAUAUAAAACUAUUAACUAAAAUCACGGGCUUACUAACUUUUUUAUUUUUUAAUACGGCCAGUUUUUUGCCCCAGUAAUGUCCUUUUUUCUGUUGCUGAAUCUGGACCAGAAUACGAAGUGGCAACUUGAUCUCCUGCUUUUUCAAAACUUCUACCUAAUUUCUGAUCUUGAAGUAAUCGCAGAUUCAUAGGCAGUUGCAGGGGACGCGCUACCCUGCACUGGUGCCCUGUCCUCUCCCUGGCCUUGCGUUGCAGCAGGUGUGCAUCUCUCCCCUCGCCGCGGAGGUGGCACUGCCCAGCCCCUGUUGGGCUACCCCGGGGUCCCUCCACGCCCUGCCGCUGCUGACCUGGUCUUCAUCUCUGCUUCUGUUGGGCCAGAGUCUGGCAGGGUCAGGCAGCAAGUUGUGUGUGGGGCUGGCACCUGUCCCUCAGUGGAUGCUCCGGAGUCCCCUGCUCUCGGGGACCCUGUGAAGUUAGGACUGCAGGGUGUCCUCACUUGUCUCAUUGAAGGAUGUCGGGGUGAUUUUUUGGCUAGUAUGAAUAAAGCUGCUAUGAACCUUCGGUA